AUCCCUUUCUUACCAUUUCUGUCAUUCUCCUAACUGGCAUCAAUGCAAUUUUAUGAAUAACCCAUCUUUCAGCUGCCAAAAAGAGCUUUUCCCAUUAAAGUUUAGAUUUAACCAACUGAGAUUUUCAUCUUUGAAGGAAAAAGUUUGAGGCUUUCCGAGGUUUUUCAUUGGUUCAUCGAGUGAGUGGCUACGCCUGGACCGUGGUUGUAUUUGUUAGUGAGGAAAGCUGAUGGGGAAGUUAGCGGUGGGAGUUACAGUGGCUUGCGCCGCCGCCGUAUGUGCAGCCGCGGCACUGGUGGUGCGCCACCGUAUGAUCAGCUCCCGGAGGUGGGCCCGUGUUAGAGCUAUUGUGGAGGAGUUUCAGGAGAAGUGUGAGACCCCUAUUGGCAAGCUUAGAUUAGUAGCUGACGCCAUGGACGUUGAGAUGCAUGCUGGUCUUGCAUCUGAAGGCGGGAGCAAGCUUCAGAUGUUGAUCAGCUAUGUCGAUAAUCUCCCAACUGGGGACGAGAAAGGAAUUUAUUAUGCAUUGGACCUUGGUGGUACAAACUUCCGUGUUCUUCGCGUACAGUUGGGUGGAAAAGGAAAAGGUGUUGUCAGCCAAGAAUUUGAAGAAGUUUCGAUUCCUCGUCAUUUGAUGACUGGUUCUUCUGCUGAAUUAUUUGAUUUUAUAGCAGAAGCUCUCGCAAAAUUUGUUGGUUCUGAACCUGAAGACUUUCAUCCUCCCCCUGGCAAGCAAAGAGAGUUGGGUUUUACCUUCUCAUUUCCUGUGAGGCAAACAUCAAUUGCAUUUGGGACUCUAAUUAGGUGGACCAAGGGUUUUAAUAUUGUAGAUGCGGUUGGAGAAGAUGUGGUGGGAGAACUGACCAAGUCUUUUGAAAAGAUUAAUCUUAAUAUGCGUGUCUCAGCUCUUGUUAAUGACACUGUCGGAACAUUAGCUGGGGGCAGGUUCUACAACAAGGAUGUCAUUGCUGCUGUCAUUCUAGGUACCGGCACCAAUGCAGCAUAUGUCGAGCGUGCUCACGCAAUUCCAAAAUGGCCGGGUCUUCUACCCAAAUCAGGAGAGAUGGUUAUAAAUAUGGAGUGGGGUAAUUUCAGAUCCUCACAUCUUCCUAUAUCAGAAUAUGAUCAAGCUUUAGAUUCUGAUAGCUUAAACCCUGGAGAUCAGAUUUUUGAGAAGCUGAUUUCUGGUAUGUAUUUGGGGGAAAUUGUGAGGAGAGUUUUACUGAAGUUGGCUGAAGAAGCUGACUUCUUUGGAGAGUCCGUUCCCCCCAAGCUAAAAAUUCCUUUCGUACUCAGGACACCCGACAUGUCUGCCAUGCACCAUGACACAUCUCCAGAUCUAAAAGUGGUUGGAAGCAAAUUGAGGGAUAUAUUAGAGAUCUCUGAUACAUCUCUGAAAAAAAGGAAGAUUGUUGUUGAGCUCUGUGACAUCAUUGCUACUCGUGGGGCCCGCUUAGCUGCCUCCGGAAUUUUAGGCAUUCUCAAGAAAACAGGAAGGGACACAGUUAAGGCGGGAGAGAAGCAAAAAUCAGUGAUAGCAAUGGAUGGAGGAUUAUUUGAACACUACACGAAAUUUUGCACCAGCUUGGAGAAUACUCUCAAGGAAUUAUUGGGAGAUGAGGCAGCCGACACCAUUGUCAUUGAGCACUCGAAUGAUGGCUCGGGCAUUGGAGCAGCCCUUCUAGCAGCAUCUCACUCUCAGUAUUUGGGAGUGGAUGACUUUUGAAAAUAAGGUGGUUAGGGCAUUGAUUCCCCCUCAUUAUGUUCAAGAAUAAAGCGAGAGAUGUGAACUAUGCAUUGGGUAGUUCCUGAUAGCAGCUGGAGUGAAUCAGGACUUUCAUGUACAAACAGGGCUAUUACUAUCAUCAUCAUUAUCAGCAUUAUUGUU